UGAUUGCAAAAAUUAAAAGGGCCACACUGCGCAUCGAGAUGAAAACAAUUUCUGUCGUUCUCUUUACGUGGAUAAUUGCAUUCCAUAAUGUAUCCAGCGACUGUGGCUGCCAAAAACUGAACCGGGAGACCCCGGAUAUUCCGACGAUUUCUGAACAAGUGUGCCAGCAGCGGGCACAGGGUGCACACAGCCACUACCGGGAUUACUAUGGCGAACUGGAGCCAAAGAUUGCUGACAUGUCCCUCGUUCCGGGAGGCACGGUUUACGUGGGCACCGACCAACCGCACUUUCCGGCGGACCGGGAGGCUCCGGAACGGCAGGUCAAGCUGAAUGACUUCUACAUCGACAAGUAUGAGGUCUCCAACGACGCAUUUGCGAAGUUUGUCCUGCAGACGAACUACACCACGGAGGCCGAGCGAUUUGGCGACAGUUUUCUGUUCAAGAGCCUGUUGAGCCCAUCGGAACAGAAGGACCUAGAAGAUUUCCGAGUGGCGAGCGCCGUCUGGUGGUACAAGGUGGCCGGCGUGAACUGGCGACAUCCCAAUGGCGUGGACAGCAAUUUGGACAACCUAGGCCGACACCCGGUAGUACACGUCUCGUGGCGCGACGCAGUGGAGUACUGUGAGUGGGCCGGCAAGCGUUUGCCCAGCGAGGCGGAGUGGGAGGCGGCUUGCAGGGGCGGCAAGGAGCGCAAACUGUUUCCCUGGGGCAACAAGCUGAUGCCAAGGAACGAGCAUUGGCUGAACAUUUGGCAGGGAGACUUUCCCGAUGGCAACCUGGCUGAAGAUGGCUUUGAGUACACCAGCCCGGUGGAUGCAUUCCGACAGAACCUGUACGACCUGCACAACAUGGUGGGCAAUGUCUGGGAGUGGACGGCAGAUCUGUGGGACGUAAAUGAUGUUAGCGAUAACCCGAAUCGGGUAAAGAAGGGCGGUUCUUAUCUGUGUCACAAGUCCUACUGCUACAGGUACAGGUGCGCUGCCCGCUCGCAAAACACAGAAGACAGCUCGGCCGGCAACCUGGGUUUCCGGUGCGCCAAGAAUGCGUGAGUUGUCAUUGUGGGCAAUUCUGCAAAACUCUGUUUUUUUUUAUAAUAUAUAUAUUUUAUGAAUACAACUUAGCCGAUGUUUACAUUCCUAUUUUUGAUAAAACCUUUGGCAAUAUUUGGUAUAUUUCUUAAUGCCGCACUUGAUGCAUUCCAUCGGAUGCAGCCUAUUUAGGCAAAAGCAGUGGAACGCAUAUGCGGCACCGCAGAUGCAUUAGAAAAUACUGUUAGAAAAGGCACCUAACCUGCAGCACAUAAAGCCUGUUGUAAACUCGGGUGAAAGAAAAAUGAGUUCAGAGGACAGACAGAUUAUGGACCUGUCCCAGUCAUCUACACUCCUUUAAGCAGGUGAUUCUUGCGUAAACUCAAACGCACAAGCUAGCUAAUCCGAUCUACAACAUUACGAUAUUAAUUAUAAAGCGGUUUUAUGUUUAGUCAUGGGACACAUAUCUUUCAACCAAGUUAGCAAAAAGAUUUUAUGCACAAUUCAAUAACUGGAAAUUCAUACAUAUUCAAUGCAAAUAUUGCUAUUACAAGUGAUUAAAUAAAAACGUAACAAAUAAGAAUUACUUCAAAUCCCCAAGUUGGGAUUAUUAAAUUAAAUUAAUAUUCAAUUAGAUUAAGAGUUCAAUGUAUUCAAAGCUACUUAAAUAAAAACGUUCCAAACUAAA